AUGCGCACCGUCGCCCACAAUGAGGACAUCCAGCGACGCAUCCGCUUCCUUAUCCAGCGCCAGCACGACCACGAGAAGCAGUGGUGGACGGGCCGAGAAGCGCUGCUUCAGAAGCAGAGUGCGAGGAAGGAGAAGAAGAGGGAGUUGGAUGAGGUUUUACGAUCAGUCGGCGCGCCGGUUGACGAGAAGGAAGUUUCUACGGCCGAAGAAGACCUUGCCGAGAUCCGCAACUACGAUGUCAAAGUGCAUAGGGCAGCGAAGCAGAUGGCUGACGCCAUGAUGAUGGAGCUGAAAGCAUUAGAUGUGCCGUUCUUCUGCAUCAACAAAAGUCUUAUUGCGGGCGAGACUGUUAGCCAGAAUCAAGGACAUCGAGAUUCCUCUGGACCCACUCCUGGUACACAGGAUAGACAGGGUCGCCUGUCCAGAGAUGAAUUGUCGGCCCUCCAGCGGCGGAUGUUGGAGUUGCUACAGGAUCUCUGCAAGGAAUGA